CGUCCCGUCCCUCGCGGUUUACGUCCCCCGCUGCCUGGGAGGUACCGCGGUGAGGCCAGAGAGCGGCCGCCGGCCCCAUGAGCCGCGCGCUGGGUCGGAACACCCGACCCAGCCCGAACUUCGGGUCAGGUAAAGGGAGUUGCGGGUUUAACGGGAGAUGUAGGAGCACGCUCUAGGACACGAGUCUUGUCUAAAGCGCUCCCGGGCUAUAACUGCUCAAAGCGAUGGGGUGAAACGUAACGGCAUCCACAAUCCUUGUGAGGAGACUAAAACUCCCCUCAAGCCUCCACCUGUCUUGCAGCGGGGUGGGAGGCAGGCGUUACACAAGAGCAGGCUGUGUAAGGAGCACCAUCCUCAGCGUGCCAGUUUCAAAAGGAAAAAGGUGACUUGCUCUGGUUUUGGGAGGCUUCUCGGCCACGGCCCUCUCUGCCCCGAGUGAGAUCCACUGUGGGCAGGAUUUAAGAUAAACUCUCUCUGCCUUUUGGUAUCUCCACAGUGACUAGCCCCAAGUUGCUAGCUCUGUGCAGAUUUCCUAAUUUGCUCAUAUGGUCUUUUUAUCUGUACCAGGUUCUACUAAAGCGUUUACAUAUUUUGUCAGGAAGCUGGAUUGUAAAUUGACUACCAACUUGGGUGAUGUUUGUCUAAAUCACGUGUUUUAAAAUGCAAUCACAAAACGGAGAUUUGGACAAAGGCCUUGGAGGGGAGGUUACUGUGCAAGAGGUGUCAGAAGAGCCUGUGAACAACAGCAGAAAUGAAGCUACGCAAACAGAAAAUGAAGGCAAUUGUGUCAACACAGAUAUUAAAACUCAAGAGAAAGCCAUCAACUGUAUGUCCAGAGCAGAUCAACAGAAUGCACAAAAAUCAGAUGGUGAUCACAAAUCAGCAACCAGCUCAUUCAGUCAAAGGACAGAAGAAAAGAGGGGCAGUGUAAGAAUGACAAAAAAGAUUCUGCAAGACAUCUGUAAACAGCAGAAAUUAUACUUGACCCCAUACUUAAAUGAUACGCUUUACUUGCAUUAUAAAGGAUUUGACCGCCUGGAGAAUCUUGAAGAGUAUACUGGAUUGAAGUGUUUAUGGCUGCAAUGCAAUGGCUUAACAAAAAUUGAGAAUUUGGAGGCUCUGACAGAGUUGCAUUGCCUCUACUUACAACUCAAUUUAAUUAACAAAAUUGAAAACCUUGAACCCUUACAAAAGCUGGAUUCCCUCAAUAUCAGUAACAACUACAUUAAGACCAUUGAGAAUCUCUCUUGUCUGAAAGUCCUGCAGACUCUGCAGAUUGCUCACAAUAAGUUACAAACAGUGGAAGACAUACAGCACUUGCAAGAAUGCCCAAGUAUUUCUGUUCUCGAUCUUUCCUACAACAAUCUAAGUGAUCCACGUAUUAUAACUAUUCUGGAGAGCAUGCCUAAUCUGCAUGUGCUGAAUUUGAUGGGGAACCAGGUGAUAAAGAAAAUUGCUAAUUAUAGAAAAACACUUAUUGUUCGACUGAAACUACUAACAUAUCUGGAUGACAGACCAGUUUUCCCAAAGGAUAGAGCCUGCGCAGAAGCCUGGGCUGUUGGAGGACUUGAAGCUGAGAAAGUGGAAAGGGAAAAAUGGGAAACCAGGGAGAGAAAAAAAAUCCAAGACAGCAUUGAUGCUUUAGCAGCAAUCAGGAAAAAAGCAGAGGAAAAGAAAAGACGGAAGUAUAUGGAAGGAAGAGAUGCAAGUGCAAAAUGUGGAAAUGGAGAUGCAACAGACAUCCUAGAAGAUCUACCAAGAGAGAAGGCAGCUACUGAAAAAGCCAUGCUUCCUGAACUGGAUGAACAUGCUGAAAUUGAACAGAUCAAACAGGAGACACCUGAGAAACUUUAUCUUGACGAACUGCCUGAUUUAGAAGAUAUAGAUGUAAAUGAAUUUCCCCCAGAAGAGGAAAUCUUUGUUCAAAAGGAAUAUCACCCAAAGAUUGAAAUAAUUUCUGAAGUGACGAAUUACAGCAGCUCUGCAUUAGAGGAAAACAAUAAAAGCAUGUUUGACAAUUCAGUAGGAGAAGAAAUUCCAACAGCAAUUUUUUCAAAUGCGUGUCAGAUACAUAAAGAGCAUGAAAAGGAGCACUUAAGACCCCUUGUUGAAAGCUUCUUUACAGAGCCUGCUAAUUCAGAACGAUACCUGGAGAUCCAAGAUAAACGAGCAACCCCCUCAAAACCCUUGAUACAAGAGGUUAUUGCUGAGCCCAAGGAUAACGUGCUGUUGUCACCAGUCUGCAAUCGACCAGGUGACCCAAGCCCCCGGGAGGAGGACGGGAAUGGCAGUGAUGGAGAAGCACAGUGCCUGGCUGAGGGUGAAGGAUGUCUGCAAGAAGCACAGGAUGACGAGGGCAGUGAGAGUGGAUUAGAUUAAUCACUCUGAAAUAAACCAGACCAAAUCUGGAGCGGAGUGCCAGGCUGACUGCAUGCAGUGGGUCUCAAAAUGCAGAGCUCAGCAAUGAGGACCGGUAGUUACAACUAACAGUUACUGUGGCACAAAACCCACCACCUUCAACAGGAGGACUUAGUGUUGCAGUCAGUCAGAGGCUGCCGUGGCCUCCAGCACCCCACCUUCAGGGCAGAGCUUUUGGUUGUGUCAGUGUGAAGAAAGCUCAUAAUCUUCUAUAACCCACAGGUAACCAGUGCCUUGUGUUCCCGCUGCCAAAGCUGCUGGAGGUCACUCGGCUCCAAGCCCUUCAGGGUGGCUGGCAGCAUCCACUACUUUGAAAGUGAGGGUACUACUGUUUUAAUGUUAAAUUCCACUCUAUCAUGUCAUUUUUCCCCUUGUGUCCUAGCAAUUAGUUAAAUUUUUCCAUCUUAGGGUUUCAUUAUAUAUGUAGUUUCAAUCCAUAAUAGUUCAAAUGACAGAAACAUGUUACAAAUAAAGAUCUGUUUGUAACCAAAUAUAUUUUUAACGU